AACCGGCCGGGCUGAAAUUUUCAUCAUCUUCUCGUUCGUCGAUCGUCCGCCGAUCGUCCGCUGAUCAUCCGCCGACCAUCCGCUGAUCGUCUCUUCCACCGAUCUUCUCGUCCGUCGAUCUUCUUGUCCGCCGAUGGUCCACCGAUCCUCUCUUCCGCGAUCGUCCGUCGAUCAUCUUUUCUGCCGAGCGUCCGCCGAUCCUCUCCUCCGUCGCUGCACUUCUUCUCUUUCGCCGAUCAUCUUCAUCUCCCUCGUCUGUUCUGCUCAAAACGAUUUGUAUCGUUUUCGGGUGAAACCGUGAAGGUAAGGUAUAAAAGCAAAAUUCAAUAAAAAAUUAAAAAUGCCCAAAAAAAAAGUUUUUUAGUUGACUUUAGUUGACCGGUUGAACCGGUCGGGUGAACCGGUUCAACCUGUUGACUCGGACCCGGUGGUCAAAACGGGCCAG